AUGGCUCGUAAAAUAGUGGUCGCAGCUGCCCAACUGGGGGCUGUACACAUCGACACUCCCCGCAAGGCCGUGAUCGACCGUAUGCUGGUCUUGAUGAAAGAAGCAGUGUCCAAAGGAGCGCAAUUGGUGGUCUUUCCAGAGACCGCCCUUACGACCUUCUUUCCUCGGUUUCUGAUCGACGACAAGGAAGUGCUCGAUUCCUUUUUCGAGCACGGUGCCGAUCUGACUCAGUCGCCGAAUCUGAAGAUCCUGCUUGACGAAGCCCACCGACUCGACGUUGAUAUUUCGGUUGGUUUCGCCGAGCGAACCCCUGAAGGAAAAGGCUUCAACACUUGCAUUUACUAUUCCGGGUCCCAGAGCAGGAUUCUUAGCAAAUAUCGCAAGACUCAUGUGCCAGGCACGUUCGAGCCCUUUCCAAAUCCAGACGCCAUCAACCAGCUGGAAAAGAGAUAUUUUGAGCCAGGCAACCUCGGAUUCAAGGCCUUCCGCGUGCCGGGACUGCUUCCCGAUGCUUUGAAGAAGGAAACAGCUGGUGGCCCCCCGUCGCGCGAGCUUGAAGGGAAAGGCGAUCCUAUCAUGGGAAUGAUGAUUUGUAACGACCGACGGUGGCCAGAGUCAUGGCGGUGCUACGGCCUCCAAGGUGUCGAAGUCGUCAUGGUCGGCUACAACACCCCGUCGUUCAGUCCAGAUCUUGUCAGCUCGCUAGGUCCCAAAAAUGAGGUCGACGGCGAGAAGGAAGCCCUUUACCAUCAUCAACUCGUGUUGAAAGCCAACAGCUAUAUGAAUAGUUGUUUCUCCAUCGCCGCUGCUCGGGCAGGGCGUGACGACGGGAAAUACCCUUUGAUUGGGGGUAGUUGCAUCGUGGACUCGGAGGGACAUAUUAGAGCAGAAUCAAAGACGACGGAUGAUGAAGUUGUCGUGGCCGAAAUCGACCUGGAAGAGGCCCGUCAGGGUAAAGAAAAGCUCUUCGACUUCCACAGACAUCGACGGAUCGAAGCGUACGGAAUCAUCCCAAGUCAAACCGGGGUUGUCGAGCCUCCUUUCCUGUCCCAAAAGGAAGAAUUGCCUAAUUGA